UGUGCGGGCAGACAGCAACAGGCGAUCGGUGUGUACGUGUCCCGGGCGGCAUAUGGAGGAGAGCACACAGUGACCCCACCGUGACAACAAGAGAGCCGACGAUCAGUGACUGCGAGCUGGAGGAGGGGUCUUGUCCAGGAUGGCUGCUAUUAAGGCUCUCCAGCAGUGGUGCAAGCAACAGUGCGAAGGGUAUCGGGAUGUCAGCAUCACAAAUAUGACCACGUCCUUCCGGGAUGGGCUGGCAUUUUGUGCCAUGCUACACAAGCACCGACCUGAUCUUAUAGAUUUCAACUCACUGAGUAAGGAGAAUGUUUAUGAAAACAAUAAUUUGGCAUUCCGUGUUGCUGAAGAGAAACUUGGAAUUCCAGCUCUGCUGGAUGCGGAGGAUAUGGUCAAACUUCGUGUGCCAGACCGGCUGAGCAUCUUGACUUAUGUGUCACAGUAUUACAACUAUUUCCACGGACGCUCUCCUAUUGGAGGCAUAGGGGCUGUGAAACGUCCUCCACCAGAAACCACUGAAGAGCCAGCAGGAAAGAAGAUAACCAAUCACGUUCCUAGUGGCCUACAACCCGCAGCACAGCGACCCAUGACAGCAGUCACUGAAAACCCUCCAGUCAGAUCUGGCAUCAGGGAAAUAAACGUAAACAGUGAAGUAAGCAACAACUGCCUCAUCUGUGGUAAACAUGUACACUUGGUCCAGAGACACAUGGCGGACGGCAAACUGUACCACAGAAACUGCUUCAGAUGUAAACAGUGUUCGCGGACACUCCAGCCUGGAAAUUAUAAACUGGGAGACCACCCUGGAACACUCGUCUGCACAAAUCAUCAUUCUGCCACUCACACAAAUACAGCAACAGUCACUGCAUCCCCGUCUGGUCCAUACACCCCAGCAACAGCCUCAGUAGGCAGGGGCAAUACGCCUACUUCAAACCAGUCCAACAGCACUCCUACUAGCAGACCUUGGCAAACCACCACAAGUCAAACACCAACCAAUAUGACUGGUGCUGGCUUUGUAAGCAAUAAUAAAAAUGCUAACAAUGGAGGUCAGGAGCCUGGUAAUAAGACUAGGUCCAUUUUUCCAAACUCGGGUGUUAAGAAUGAUUCUAGUUCUGUCAAUACAUCUAACCCUGAACCCUUAAACAGAACAGCGGUUGGAUUUUAUGGUAGCCCAAACACAAACUCCAAUGCUUCCAAUAGUUCUGGAAGGACUGAACAGUCCUCACCUCCCUAUUUCAGCACCAACCAGGUUAGGACAGUUUCAAGUAUAUUUAGUCCUUCUGGUAAUUCACAACAGACUGGAAAAGGAAAAUCAGAUAAUUCUUCAACACAGAGCAGCUGGUCACAAAGAGAAUCAGGACAAAGUGGGCAAACCAAACAAUAUGGCACCCCAGAUAAUCAGGUCAUAACAGUUUCUUCACUGUCUGAAAGGUGGCCGUCAUCAGUGGGAAAAGAGGAUGAAAACACAUCUGCAAAACCUUGGCUUUCCUCUACUGCAAAAAACAAGGAAGCCCGUGAGAAGUUCUUUCAAUCCAGACCUGUUACCGAGCCAACAGUAAACCAAUCUCAGACUGGCAGGGAUUCUCCUAAAUUAUCUGUGUCUAAUGGGCCCGGCAGGUCUACAGUAGUUAAUGUAACACCGAAUGCUGCUGAGAGUAACUCUGGAAAGGACAAAGCCAGAAACUUCCUCUUAAAAGCAAUUCCUGGAUCUACAUCUCCCAAACUUGCACCUGCAGCAGAAAGUCCCAGCAGUAUAGGCACUCCAAACCGGACAUUGGAUUCUUCACAUAGUGGGUCAACAGUUUCCACACCCAAGACAGAUCCUGCGAAACCUGUUCCUAAAGACAGGAAAAGUAAAGUGUCAACGUCUGUUUCAAGUUCGGAGACACCAAAGACCACUCCAACAUCUACCACAAGCAAGAAAGUCGCAACAGCAAGUUCUGUACCAUCACAGCCAACACAACCAACACAGUCUGUGCAGCCAACACAUCCAAGGCAGUCUGCACAAUCUACUCAACCUACACGCCCUAUGUGUUCUGUUCCUCCAACACAACCGGCACUGUCAAAGGAGUCUACACGACCAACACAACCUGCACAAUCUACAACGCCCACACAGCCACCUCAACCCACACAGUCCACACAAAUUGCAAAGACUAAAGAGACUACCCGUCCCUCUCAACCCACACAGUCUAGGGAGAAUAUACGUCCCACUCAACCUGAGCAGUCUAAAGAGAGUAUACGUUCCACGCAACCAACACAGCCUGCAACUCCUAAGCAGUCCAUACAGUCUACACAACCUUCACAUUCUUCCCAACCAAUACAGUCCACAAAACAGCCACAGCCAGUUGUGAUGACCCCAGGUAAAGACCAUAAGCUGGCUGAACCACCUUCAAAAACACAAAAUUCUGGCACCAAAGAUUCAAAGUCAGAAGCCCCAGGGGACUGGAGAUCGAUGCUCAAGCCUUUGGAUAAAAAGCCAUCAGUGCAGGGGCUUGAAGUUAAACCUACUACAAAAGAAAAAGAGAUCACUAGCACACAGAAGAAACUGCCAGCCAUUACUACUGUCACUGUGACCAUCUCCCCAAGCCCUGCUGAUAAGGAGAAUAAACCAGUUCCUUCUAUAACAACCCCUGCCACACCAGUAUCGGGGGCCACAGAGUCUGCCAAUGCAGCACCACCAAAAAGAAAACUUUUAGCACCAAAAUUAGACUUGAUUAAUGACUGGCCCAAGCCUGAGCAAAAGUGGCAAGACAGCAUUGGCACCAAUGAAGAUGGAGUACCUAGGUGGCGGUCUCAUGGGACGUCAAGUUAUGAAACCUUCAACAAUACAGACAAGAAUAAAGAUAACCUCUCUGUGAAAUCUAAUUCAGGAUCAGUGGAGAACAAUAAUGCGAUAUCACCAAGCAAGCUUCGUCCAGAGUACAUCCCAGAAGAGGACAUCCAGCGACAACUGUACAUCAUCGAGCAGGAGCUGGACACCUUGGAGCAGCGAGGAGUAGAGCUGGAGAAGCAGCUGCGCAGCUGUGAUGGAGAUGAAUCGGAGGAUUCUCUUAUGGUUGACUGGUUCAAGCUAAUCCAUGAAAAACAACUUCUUCUGAGACAGGAAUCUGAGCUCAAUUACAUAUCCAAGCAGCAGCUUCUGGAGGACCAACAGCAGAACGUGGAGACUGAGCUACGUAAUCUAAUGAGCAAGCCAGAGCAUCAGAAAUCUGAAAGGGAAAAAAAGAGGGAAAGUGAACUUCUGAACAAAUUAGUGCUCAUUGUGAAUGAUCGCAGCGAGAUUGUUGAAUGCUUGGAUGAAGAUCGACUACGGGAAAAGGAAGAGGAUGAAGUCAUGGAGAAUAUGAUCAAAAAACAUUCAGAUCCUCAGCCGAGGCAAACCACUCCAGAGCCGAACCUGAAGAGAAGAUCCCGCUUCAGCUUUUCAGGCUGGCUAAGACCAAAGGAUAAAAACAAAACUUAAGAGGGAUCAUGUUGGACACAAUCAGUGAUGUGCAAUAA